UUGUAAGAAGAGCGUCCUUUCGUCGUAUCUAUCUCCAUCCGUAUAGCAGUUUGUGGAUGAAGAAAGAAGGAAGAAGGGUGGUGUAUGCAUGUAAAAAAGUGCGAGUUUUUUUGCACAGGAUUCUCAUCCGCCGACAACAUAACAGCUGCCCAACCCGUUUCUCACCACCGACCGAGCUCUUUCUUGUGGAGUCACCCAACCCGAUAUCGAUUUCUAACAAUUGCACACGCAUAUAGUCGGCCAACAUGUAAGUACUUCCACCCCGUACCAAAAAGUAGGCAGACACACUUCUUUCUUUCGCAAAUUCUGUCGUUCUGCUCCUCCCAAGACUAAUUGGAAGUCAACGGGAUCAUUUUUAUGGCGUUGUCUCUGCAUGAGAAGAACGACCAUUGUUCCAGCAGAAAAGAAAAUUACUGAUCUGGUGGGUUCUUUAAAGUUUAAAGUUCUACGAGUGACGUAAACGAAAUAGUUUUACGUAAUAUUUGCCAACAAGGGAGACUGACAAUGAGUGAAGCACAAAUUCGUCAUUGUCGUGUAAAAUUGAGACGCUUAUUCUAAUUACAAAUUAGCAAAACUGUAGUUGUUAUCUCUGCUGGAUUGAGUGGUGAUUUGAUUUCGCCUAAUAUAACGGGAAUGUGACUAAUGUGAGACAAUCUCAAAAUUAAGUCUAUUUAAUCGUCUCUGUGACCACAUCAUCGCCAUUUAUAAACUACCGCACUUAACGCCAUAGACCAGAGAGAAUAAUAAUUGCUAACUAACCCCUAACUAAUUGGGAUAAAAUGGAGGAGGAGCGGGAUUACUCCUCCCCCACGUAUCCCAAUUAUCUUACCUCCGUCCUCUACUCCUCCUCUUCUGUGGACUACAAAUCCCCCUCCGUGACCCCGACUGACGAGGACUUCCCCACGGAGAGUGCCAUGGUCAACAGCUCGUCAUCCUCCUUGGACACCACGUCCGAGGAUGUCUUCCUCGUCUCCUCCACAGAAUUUCCUCCCUGGAUGACUGGUUCCGACGACAAUUUCACAUCCUCGUCCUCAUCCACGACUCCUCCCACCACGCCCACCACACUUGCUCUCGACUGCUCCUCGCCACUCGACUACAACUACGACCCCUUGACCACUGUCAUUUGCAUCGCACUCUUCAUGUUUGGCGUCUAUUUCUGCAUUUUUGGUUAUCGCUGCUUCAAGUCGGUACUUUUUCUUACCGGUUUUUCUUUUGGGUUGGUCAUUGUGUUUCUCAUUUGCCAAGUGGAAGAACUUCUUCCGCAGUAUGGCAAUGUUGGAGUUGCAACGCUGGCUGGAGUUUUGUAUGGUCUUAUCUGUCUUUUGGUGCCGUACGUGGGAUUUUUCACACUGGGAUUUCAUGCUGGACUUCUCUCUGGCCUCGCAGCAAUGCUAUUCUUCCCCACUGGACAUUCCGUUUGGAUUUCGGUCAUAUUCCUCUUGGGAACUGGACUGUUUGGAGCCGUUGCAAACGUAUGCUGGCCAAGACUGAGCGUGGUCACAACUUCUCUCAUUGGGGGUGCCGGAAUUGCAAUCGCAUUCGAUUACUUUGUUGAGAAACUGAGAAUGGCGGCUUGGGUGGGACAACUAGUCAAGGAGGAAGGGAUGGACUUUUGCUGGUUCAGUUGGUUGCUUUUGAUGGUGUGGCCGGUGCUCCUGAUCGUUGGCGUGAUUGUCCAGUCGACUUUAACCGCGAAUGACUUUUCUGUUCACAUUUAUGGAUACCACGAGAACAAGAGGGCCGUUCCACGACGACGUCUGACUCGUGAGGAGCGGGCCAUCGCUCGACAAGCCAAGUAUCGAUACUUGUACCAGGUUCGCACUGCUGGGGGCGAUUACAUUAGUCAAGCCUACAUCCAAUUCCUGCAGAACAAGGCGCAACCCCACGCGGACACUCUUUCCACGCACAUGUCGACCCUCCAAACCUCAAGCCAUGAAGACUCGUCUGUAAACUGAACAAUUUUUGGAAAACAAUCUCAAAUAACUAUGAUUAUCAAUCUCAACCGCAUUUUUAAUUUCAACCGCCAUGCUACUAAUGAUCGAAACAGGAUGAUAACCCUGCGUCUUCUGCCCCAUUAAAUAUUAUAAGUGACGUAAUAAUAACAUAAUAAUAAUUCAUGUAAAUGACACAAAUUUCUCAUGAAAUCACCACGCUUUCAAAGAUGUUAGUUCUCAUACAACCGUGAUUGAAGGUGCACGCUAAAGGAAAUGAACCAAAAACUAUAAUAUUAUAUGACUUAUGUAUAAACUAUAGAUAAUUAUAGCUUUUGUCACAUUUGUUCGUCAUCGUAUAAAUUUUAGUUACUCUCAAUAAGCUCAUUUUAAUAAUAGAUUAGUUGCAGUGUUCACAAUUUAAUUCGUUCAUUGUCAUUAUUUAUAUAUGCUAAAUGAAUUAAAACUCAUAAUAAUAUAUGACUGGCUCACGUCACACGUUAGACUCGCUCUCGAAAAUUGUUUAAAAAAGAUAAAACAUAGUAAUUUGGGACCUACGUAUAUAAAAAAUAUUUAUAAAUGUGUAAUUCGAUAGAGUGGGAUGAUCUCAUUAUUAAUAUUAAUCCAACAAUUGCAGCGAGCAUGGUAUUAAAAAUGAACCUGAUGAUAUUAAAACGAUACAAGAUAAUAAUCAAUAAUAUAAACUAAUGUGUACAUGAUAUUUAGUUGUAAACUAAACAAAUAUUUAAUGCUAUGCGAUUCUUGCAGCGACGAUAACGCAUCACGCCGACAAUUCGAAUCCGUGUAUAGUUCUAUGAAUACUUGCUGAUUGAUCGAAAAGAAUAAAAGCAACAGAAAUUCGCCAGAG